AUGUCUAGUGAUGAGCAAAAAUAUGACGAUAUUCCAAGGGAUGUUAUAAACAAAAGAAUUCAAUCUGAAGAUCAAUUAGCAACAAUUCGUUAUGUUGGCCCUGUCCCACCUACAAAAGGUAUAUGGUAUGGUGUUGAAUGGGACAAUAUUUCAAGAGGCAAACAUGAUGGUUUACAUGAUGGUGUAAGAUAUUUCACGUGUAGUGUUCCAAAUAGUGGAUCUUUUAUUAGGCCUUCUCCAAAAAUACAUUUUGGUCGUAAUUUGGAUACAAUUUAUUGGGCCGGUAAUACAAAAAUAGAGGUUGAGGCUAUAGGAUGGGAAAAGAUUCGUAGAAAACAAAGGCAAUUGGAUAGAUUGACAGAAGUAGGUUUAUCUUUUGAACGAAUUUCAAAUGCAGGAAAGCCUGGAGAAAUCGAAACGACUUGUCCAAAUAUAAUUGACUUGAAUUUGUCAAAAAAUCUAAUAUCUGAUUGGGAAACUGUUGCUCGAAUUUGUGAUCAAUUAAAAAAACUGCAGGUUUUAAGAUUAAAUUACAAUAGAUUUCAAGGGUUAAAAGUGGUUCCUGAUUUUAAAAUUUCAUUUACAAAUUUAAAAAAUUUAUCUUUGAAUUAUACUAGGAUUGAAUGGAAACAGAUUGAACUACUUGAACCAUGUCUUUUGAAUUUGGAAAAUUUACAAUUAGGUUUUAACAAUAUUAAAAAUUUUGGAGAUAUUGAUGGUGAAAAGGAAAACCAGAUAAAAAAAAGCAAGAUAAAAGGUUUUUCCAAAUUAAAAACACUAAAUCUUGAAUCUAAUAUUAUUGAUAGUUGGGAUGAAAUUGCUAGAUUUUCAGGAUUACCACAGUUGGAAACACUUUUUAUUAGUAAUAAUUUAAUAAACAAUAUUUAUUAUCCUAAAGGAGUUGAUAAUCAAGAGUUUCCAAAAUUAAAAUAUUUAAAUGUUAGCGAAAAUAAAAUCAAUGAUUGGCAAAAUGUUAAUGAACUUAAUAGGUUUCCCUCAUUAGAAGAGUUAAGAAUUAAAAAAAAUCCACUUUUUGAUAGUAUAAAAGCCGAUGAAGCAUACAUUCUAAUUGUUGGUAGAAUUAAAGGAUUAAAAAUGAUGAAUGGAAGUAUGAUAUCAUCUAGCGAUAGAAUUGAUACUGAAAGAUAUUAUUUGAGAUUAUGCAUCAAGGAUUUGAAAUCAUCUGAUGAAAUAGAGAAACACCAUCCUAGAUUUAAAGAAUUAUGUGAAAUUCAUGGCGAACCUACUUUUGAUGAUAGAAGUUCAAAAGCAACUAGUAGCAUGUUGAAAGAUAGAUUAAUAACUUUGACUAUUACCCAUAGAAAAUCUCUUGAUGAAGAGCCAAUAAAAAUAAUAUCAAAAAAACUUUUAGGAACUUUAACUUUGAGAAAUUUAAAAAAUAUAUUUCAAAAAUCAUUUGGAAUACCAGCAUCACAACAAAGAUUAUAUGCAAUUAUUAAAGAUGAGACUGUAAAAGGCACUUCAAUAUCAAAAUUUGAAAUGAAUGAUGAUUUGAGACAAUUAUCAUAUUAUGAUUUUAUAUCAGGAGAUGAAAUCAUAAUAUUAUCAAAAUAA